UGCUCAGACUGUGGGAUGGGAUUCAUUCGGUCAUCCAACCUAUUGCUACACCAACGAGUUCACACUGGGGAGAGACCGUUCACCUGCUCACUCUGUGGGAAGAGAUUCACUUUCUCAUCUAAACUGAAGGUACAUCAGCGAGUUCACACUGGAGAGAGGCCGUUCACCUGUUUAGACUGCGGGAAGGGAUUCACUCGUUCAUCUCAACUGACAGAACAUCAGCGAGUUCACACUAUGGAGAGGCUGUUCACCUGCUCAGACUGUGGUAUGGGAUUCACUCGGUCAUCCAACCUGUUGAGUCAUCAACGAGUUCACACUGGGGAGAGGCCUUUCACCUGCUCAGACUGUGGAAAGGGAUUCACUCAGUCAUCCAACUUAUUGACACACCAGUCACUUCACACUGGGGAGAGGCCAUUCAUCUGCUCAGAAUACUGUGGGAAGGAAUUCACUCACUCUUCCACCCUACUGGUACAUCAGCGAGUUCACACUGGGGAGAAGCCGUUCACCUGCUCAGUAUGUGGGAAGAGAUUCACUCAGUCUUCCACCCUACUGGUACAUCAGCGAGUUCACACUGGGAAGAAGCUGUUCUCCUGCUCAGUAUGUGGGAAUAGAUUCACUCGGUCAUCCCACCUACAAAGUCAUCAGCGAGUUCACACUGGGGAGAAGCCGUUCACCUGCUCAGUCUGUGGGAAGAGAUUCACUCAGUCUUCCACCCUACUGGUACAUCAGCGAGUUCACACUGGGGAGAAGCCGUUCACCUGCUUAAUCUGUCAGAAGAGAUUCAGUCGGUCAUCCCACCUACAGUGUCAUCAGCGAGUUCACACUGGGGAGAAGCCGUUCACCUGCUCAGAAUGUGGGAAGAGAUUCUCUGAAUCAUCCCACCUACGGAGUCAUCAGCGAGUUCACACUGGGGAGAAGCCGUUCACCUGCACAGAAUGUGGGAAGAGAUUUACUCAGUUAUCCAACCUACAGAGUCAUCAGCGAGUUCACACUGGGGAGAAGCCGUUCACCUGCUCAGUCUGUGGGAAGGGAUUCACUCGGUCAUGCGACCGACAGAGUCAUCAACGAGUUCACACUGGGGAGAAGCCGUUUCCCUGCUCAGUAUGUGGGAAUAGAUUCACUCGGUCAUCCGACCUACAGAUUCAUCAGCGAGUUCACACUGGGGAGAAGCCAUUCACCUGCUCAGUCUGUGGGAGGGGAUUCACUCAAUCAUCCAACCUACAGAGUCAUCAGCGACUUCAUACUGGAGAGAAGCCGUUCACCUGCUCAGUCUGUGAGAAGAGAUUCACUCACUCUUCUGCCCUUAUGGUACAUCAGCGAGUUCACACUGGGGAGAAGCUGUUCAGCUGCUCAGAAUGUGGGAAGAGAUUCACUCGAUCAUCCACCCUACAGAGACAUCAGCGAGUUCACACUGGGGAGAAGCCAUUCACCUGCAAAGAAUGUGGGAAAGGGUUCACUCAGUCAUCCCAACUACUGGCACACCAGUCAGUUCACAAUGGGGAGUGACCGUUGUUAUGAAUCCCUAGGUUUCGUUUGCUGUGGACUGUCAUUUUGAGAGAGAGAGAGAGAGAGAGAGAUUAAGACGGCGAAUCAGUCUGACUUGCAUCUUGUUUACAUCGCUCACAGCUUGUUUAGUUUUAACCGAGGACACAGACACUCAGAGUCAGACCGAGAUAAAGGAGGAAAAAUUGAAGGUUCAAAACAAGGGAACUAGUAGCCAAGGGUCACUGUUUAGAAAUUUCCUCUGCCCACAAGGUUGGGUUAAUUAUCGAUUCAGCAUACGUUGAAUAUGUGGUUGUCACCUCGUUUGAUCUAUAGGAGUGGAUCGGAUUUGGGGUAUCCUGUGAAGACCACUUAUGUGUUAACCCUUGCCUGGGUGUGGUGUGGUAAUUCACUUGAAGAUGAUACCCCUUGUGACAAGUCACUUUCGGUGAUUAUUCGUAUGUGGAUUUAGAACGACAACGGAUAAAUUCUACAGCGACUGUUCUCUUGUUUUACCACCGUGGAAACUGUGGAAUUUGACAUAAUUGCCUUCACUCAACAUUUACCCUGGAUUACAAAUAUCUCUCUCUCAUCACCUAUUCUGUGGUUAAGCUGAACUUUCAUACUUUACCGUCUCAAGACUCCAAGCCUUGUUUCCCCCGAGCUCAGUAGGGUGGGAGUUAUAUUUACACACAUAUAUACACAUACCACUGUUAACUAUUGUUUAUAGAACAUAGAACAUAGAAUAGUACAGCACAGUACAGGCCCUUCGGCCCACAAUGUUGUGCUGACCCUCAAACCCUGCCUCCCAUAUAAACCCCCACCUUAGAUUCACCAGGCCCAUGGACAGCUUCCUGUCUGCGGUUGUCAGCCAAAUUAAUGGUCUCCAGUCUAAUAAAAUGGACUCGACCUCACAGUGUAACUCGACGUGACCCUGCACCAUAUGUCUAUCUGCACUGCACUUUCUCUGCAGCCAUAAUGCUUUGUUACAGUUAUUGUUUUGUCGUAUAUCAGCUCAAUGUACUGUAGUAAUGUAUCGAUCUGUGUGGAUGGUAGGUCGAGCAAGAUUUUCACUGUAGCUCAGUACGUGAUAAGAAUAAACAAAUUCCCCAUUUUAAUUGUGUGGAAAUAUUAGACAGACUGAGCUGCUUUGGAACCACAGAGGGAUACUUAACUGAACUGAGGAAUACAAAUAAAUGGAAAAGGCUUCAGUCUCGCAUUACGAUCUGCGGUAACUGGGAUCAGGUGACCGGUGGUGGGUCUCCCAGACCAAUUAUCAGAAUCAGGUUUAAUAGCACCGGCAGAUGUCAUGUAAUUCGUUGUCUCUGCGGCAGCAAUAGAACCUAAUUCAUAACAAUAGAUUUUAACCAUUGUGAUUUAAAAUAAGAACAUACACAUUAAAUAGUUAAAUUAUAUAAGUAGUACAAAAUUAAAAAAUGUAAUAAACUAUUUUAAAUGUGUGGAACUAUUUGACUGAAUGGG